AUGAGCAUGAACCAAGUGGAAGCCUUUCAUCGACUCGAAGAAGAGAAUAGACUCUUGAGAGAGAGAGUGAGAGAGCUGGAAGAAAAGUUAAUGGCAAAAGCAUCGGGAUUGGAAAUUAAUCACGAACAACAUCGAAUCAGGACCAAGGAAGAAGUCAAGUCUGACCAUACUGCUGAACAAUUAAAAGAAAAGCUUCCAUAUCUCUACAAUGAAUUGAACAAGGAGUUGAAUAAUGACCAAAUUGCCAGAUUCAGUAGACAUUUAUUGUUGCCAGAAAUUGGAGUGAAGAGACAAGCUAAAUUAUGUAACGGAAGUGUUUUGUUGGUGGGUGCUGGAGGUUUGGGCUCGCCUGCUGCCCUUUUUCUUGCUGCAGCAGGUGUUGGAAAAUUAGGUUUUGUGGAUUUUGAUAUUGUAGAUUCUAGUAACCUUCAUAGACAAAUUAUUCACAACGAACAUCGUACAGGAAUGCUUAAAACAUUAUCUGCAAAAAUGUCUUGUAAACUUUUGAACGAAAAUGUGAAUAUUGAAUGCUACAAUCAGCCCUUCUCCGAAUUGAAUGGAUUGGAGUUAGUCAAACAAUAUGAUGUAAUUAUGGAUUGUAGUGACAAUGUCACAACUAGAUAUUUAGUGAAUGAUGCAUGUGUAUUGGCAGGAAAACCACUCGUGAGUGGAAGCGCUGUCAAAUUUGAAGGACAAUUAACAAUUUAUAAUUACAGAAAUAAGAACGUUAAAGGCCCGUGUUAUAGAUGCUUGUAUCCAGAGCCUCCUCCACCAGCAACCGUAACCAGUUGCUCGGAUGGAGGUGUUCUUGGUGUGGUUCCAGGAAUCAUUGGCUGUCUUCAAGCUUUGGAGGCCCAAAAAUUAUUAAUGCAAAUGGAUGAUGAAGAAUCUGUGAAGAAUCAUUGUGAAAUUUUGGUACAGAAAAUGCUUUUAUUUAAUGCUAAAACUUGCUCAUUUAGAACUGUCAAGAUAAGAGGAAGGCAGCCAUGUUGUAAGGUUUGUGGAGAUCAUCCUACAAUCACAAGUUUAAUACCAGAAGGAACCUCUCUGGUGUGUGCGGAUAAAAUUAUGACUCAACCUGCAGAUGCUCUGAGUCCGGAAAAUAGAGUCACAGCCCAAGAAUAUGAAUCAGUGUUAAAGAAUAAUCUGAAGAAUCAUAUUUUACUUGAUGUCAGAGAAAGAAUUCAAUUCGACAUUGCUGCUCUUCCUCACGCUAUCAAUAUUCCUCUUAAACAAUUAAGUAAGGAAGAAUCUGUUCAAAUGAUUAGAGACGAAAUUUCAAAACGUUCCAAUAACUCAGCUACAAUGUGCAAUGAUUAUCCAAUCUAUGUCAUGUGUAGACGAGGGAUUGCUUCAGUUUCUGCUACCAAAACACUUCUUGACCUUGGGUUCACAAACGUAAAGAAUAUUGAUGGAGGAGUCAAUUCAUGGAGAAGGAAUGUCGAUCAAGAUUUUCCUCUGUACUAA